AUGUCGGCAGCAGACAACUCUAAUGAGCCUUGGGCGUCGCAUGAACCUCGGCCAGGGUCCGCUCUAGGUAAUAUGGACUCUGAGCUGGCUUCUAUUGUGUCCUCAUUAUCGGCUUUAUCGAACGUGUCAGCACAGCAGCCGCAUGGCCAGAUAGGAAGUUUCAGACGCACCUCGUUUCACAGUAAUAAUGGCAGUGAUAUAGACUCAGAAGUUCUCUUUCAAAGUCAAGCUUCUCCCGUUAUCAAGAGGACUACGCUAUCUGUUGGUGGUGUGUCUCUCGGUACUCCUUCCGGUGCCAACAAUCGACUUAAUAUGCUAGGAAACUAUUCCGCUAGUAUUGCAGGGGGGGUAUUGCAGCAUCAGCAACAGCAACAGGGUGGGUUUUUUGAACGUUUUGGACGGAGUCUAGCAGAGGGGACUAGAGAAGUUGAAAUGAACCUUGGUGCGUCGUCAGGGCGUGGCUCUCGGCGAGAGAGUUUCAGCGCCAUGGAGUCAUUGUCCAGGGUUGCUAGCAACUCAACUUAUCAGGGUGCUGAAGAGCGUAGACCCUCAAUAUCUUCGGAUGCGUUAGAUUCUGUGAGCGAAAGUCUCAAUAUGCAGGGAGAUAACUCUGGAAAUCAGCGUAAUGCUAGCAGUUUAUGGCCAAAACAGUGGUCAAUAGGUAAUGUUCCAGUCUUUAGACCCCAAGGUACUACUGAUGCUUCGUACCCUGCUCCCGAUAUGUACAAUAAUCCCUAUGGAUUCUCCUACAAUGGAUUUCAGCAAUUUGGUGGGCCUAUGAUGCCUCCCAUGGUACCUCCCACGCCAACAUCUCCAGCAGCUGCCAAUGUUGCUAAUAAUUCUGGCUCGGGUGCUAGUGAAUUAGGACGUUUUGAUCAAUCCGAUGAGAAGAAUAAUGCUGAGAAUGGACCUCAGCAGAUGCCUCCAUUCAUGUUUCCCCCAAACCCAUACGUGUAUUUCCCCCCGGGGACAAAUGCUCCUCAACCUCCUCAGAUGGGUUCCAUGCUGCAAGCACCCACGAAUGUCAAGGAUUCCUCCAAAACUUCCCAUCCUUCGAAACCUCAUGGAAAUCCUUAUUUAUACAACUCGAGAAACAAUAGACAGUCUACACCCGGUACUACAAUUCCUCAAUUUACUCCUUCGACUCAGCAACGCGUGCAGUCACCUUCUCCAAGCAAUGGCAGUAGGGGCAAAAAUAAAAACAAUAUUCCCAGGUCACCUCUACUUGAGGAAUUUCGCAGCAAUUCGUCCAAUAAAUCUUAUAAGCUAAGCGACAUAUAUGGAUCAGCUUUGGAGUUCUGCAAAGACCAACAUGGUUCAAGGUUCAUUCAACAAGAGCUUGCAAAAGCAAGUGAUGCUGAGAAGGAAGUUAUUUUUAAUGAGAUUAGAGAUGAAGCCAUUUCUUUAUCUGAUGAUGUUUUUGGAAAUUAUGUUAUUCAAAAGUUUUUCGAGCAUGGCUUAAAGAUUCAAAAAGACGUUCUGUUCAAACAGUUUACUGGUAAAAUGGAACAGCUGUCCUUACAGAUGUACGCUUGUAGAGUCAUCCAAAGAGCCUUGGAAUGCAUUGAAGACUCUCAGAAAAUUGCUUUGGUGAGGGAAUUGUCAAAUUGUGUUCUAUUGAUGAUUAAAGACCAGAAUGGUAAUCACGUCAUUCAAAAAGCGAUCGAAUGCAUUCCAAUCGACGAAUUGCCUUUCAUUUUAGCCAGUCUUCAUGGUCAGAUUUAUCACCUUUCAACUCAUUCAUAUGGUUGUCGUGUCGUCCAACGUUUAUUGGAAUACGGAAGUGUAAAAGACCAAGACCAGAUUUUGGAUGAACUUGAUCAAUUCAUUCCUUAUUUGAUUCAGAAUCAAUAUGGUAAUUAUGUCAUUCAACAUAUUCUCCAACAUGGUCAAGCAAAUAUAGCAUUGCAUAUUGGUAAAACUAAGCAAGAAAUUGUUGACACUGUUGCUAAAAACGUUGUAGAAUAUUCUAAGCACAAGUUUGCGUCCAACGUCGUUGAGAAAACCAUAUUAUAUGGCUCGGAAGAGCAAAAGAGGCAGUUCAUGGAUAAGGUUCUCCCCAAGAAUCCCGAACAUGCUGCACAUCUCGAAGACACCGCCCCUCUGAUUUUAAUGAUGCGUGAUCAAUAUGCUAACUAUGUUGUUCAGAAGUUAGUUGGCGUUGCUGAGGGUUCUGAUAAGAAGCUAAUUGUCAUUGCAAUCAGAGCUUACUUGGAUAAGCUGAAUAAAAUUAAUGCUUUAGGUAACCGCCACUUGGCUAGUGUUGAGAAACUAGCAGCCAUCGUCGAGAAAGUUGAAAUAUGA